AUGGCAAACAAUGAUAAGGAUUCAUCCAAGUCACUCUCUAUAAAUCAUAAUUUGGAAAAUGAUGUCUCUAUUAACAUGAGUAAACAUAGUGCUGAUAGUGAUAUUAGUGGAACUGGAGGAGAAAUGUCAAAUGAAGGAAUGGAGAUUCAAAAAACAAACACUAAUAAUCAAAAUAUGAAAAUUGCAUGUCAAAUGGAGGAUCUUACUCUUGGUUGCCAGGGUAAUAGAAUCAAAAGACCAUCCAAAAGUGAUUCUGCAAUUUUUGUAACAAAAUUUGGGGUGCCUGCAAUGGAAUCGAUGGGUGCUAGCUUCCUCCAUCGAAAAAGGAAAUUUUUUGAAGAAGAAGAUGAAGUAAUGAGUAAAAAAGUCGUUUUGCAUAAUGAUAUGUCUGCAGAAGAAGUUAAAGCACAACAGGAAGUGGAUACUCUCUUACAAGAUAACAUUUAUGCUGAAGACCAUGCUGGAGUUGGAUCUAGUGGUAAAGUAAAAAAUGAUGCAAAUGUUAAUGAUAAUGAGGCUGGGGGAGAAGCUGAGUCUUCUUGUGGCAUUGGAAAUGGAAAAGCUAAAUGGAUCAACACAUUUGAUUUGAAUGAGGUUCCCAAUGAUGCAGAUGCUGAAGAAGACAAUGCAUAA